UGCCCACCACCCCUCCUCACCCCCUCGCUUCUCCGCUCGAGAGCAGCCUCCGCCGACGGCUGCCUGACAAGCCGAUGGCGUCCUCCAGCAGCUCGUGCGGUCCAGGUUCAGGUCGGACUCCUGGGCCUCCAAAGAGUCUCGCUGAGCAAUUCAUUGAUCAUAGAUUGUUGUGUCGAAGUAACAUGCCUGACCCAGAAAAACUACCUGGGCCAUUGGAUAUGGCAACUUAUUCUCCGCAACAGACGAAUCUAUGCAUCCAACUGGCAUGUGAUUUCUACAAUGAUCAUCCGGACAACAAGGGUAAAGGCUUACACAGACUUAAGCCUGAGCGUGUUGAGGGUGGAAGAUCCAAUAUGUUCAUUGUGGAUAAUGUUGACCCCGUCUCCUACUUCCACCUCUCAUUCAAAAGGAAGAUUAAAAAGAAGCACUACUACUUCGCUGAACUGGAGGGAAAAGGUGGACCACAAAGGGUGACGAUGUGUCGAGAGAUAAAUAAACAAACAGCAUCUGCAACCAUUUGUGAUCAUUGUUUUGGUGGUGUUCUGCACCCACCGGAAGGUUUUCUUGGCAAGAGGCAGGCACCAAUGAUUGGAAGGACCAUCGACUGAUGGUCACAUGAUUAGGAACUAAUUCAGUCAACUUAUCUUGUCAAUGAAUGUUCAAGUCGCAAUCUGAAUUAUUCUACUUUCAUUUAUCUGUUUUAGGGCCACCUAAAUAUUGUUUUAUCAGUGGAACCUAUGUGGUUGUGGAGUAAAUCAUGACAAAAUUGAUUCUGGAUGGCAUUUAUGUUACUAAAUCUAGGUGGUAUUUUAUUUCAUC